AUGGUAGUAGGUACCACGAUCCUGCAGCAAGCGGAGCUCCUGCGAACAGGGGAACUGCAAGAGCAAGUGAAGAAGGCGACGCCAGACCAGCUAAAGCAAAUUUUCCAGAAGCUCGUUAAGAGCAAUCGAAAGGUGGAGGCAGAUCUUGGAGCAGCCAACCGAGCAGUUCGACGGCUAAUUGCUUCCACGAUGUUGGAGGCUGCACACUCAAGCAGGGCGGAUAAGGCACGACGACUGUCACCCGAAGAAGCAAAUCUCUUGGCGAAGUGGAAUGAGCGGUUUGGAGGCGCAGGACACUACACUGCUGACUGCCCGACAUCGGCACGAAGCGUGGUCGGUAAAGGGGCUAGGCAGCCGACCACACGUACUAGUGAUGAGAGAGCUAACCGUUUAAACGAGAAGCCGCGGGACACACGGGACUACAAGGCUUAUAAUUGCAGACGACAGGGUGGACAGAAGGCAGCAGAGGCGGCGUGA